CAGCUGGCUUGGCACUACCUUAAAAAUGGUUGCGCUCUACACCACGUGACGCGAUUCCUGGAAAGUUCUUGGAAAUCGGUCUUUUGUGUAUAGCUGUGGGUUUAAUGAGGAUUUGGUUAUUAAAAACACAUACCGAAGGAAGGGGAUUCAACGACGCAGAAAAGACGGUCAUUGGGAUCUGUACCAAAAACAAGACAAGCGUGGUUUGGUGACUUUCUGCAUGGUAUUUUACAUCUUAACAUUACCAGCAGCGAGCGAGUCGUGCCAAGUCGAUUUGCCUCGGUCGCGAGACGUUGUCAUCGCCUGUUUUGCACCACGGGGAGAAGUGCGUAUUUGAAUGAUCAUCGGUAGAGUCGUUUGGUGCUGGAUCCACUCGCAAAUAGGACGAUACAUUCAUUCAUAAAAUUAAAGAAGAAACUUGCGACUGUGGGGCAACUGCCUGUCUUUUGGGGAAUAUUUUUGCAUUUGUCGGAUGUCUUUUGGCCUACGGCUGGGCAAUUUCGGGUGGUUCCCUAAUGACCUGCCACUCACCCGAAUCCACGGAGACCGUCGAAAAUGAGAGAAGAACGGAUACGGAGUCCGAUGAGACUCGCAUCGCUCAGGCCAUGAAAGACCUUAAAAAUACAGGCUGGUACUGGGGCAGCCUGACCGCCAACGAAGCCAAAGAGAUUCUCCAGGAUGCAUCGGAGGGAACCUUCCUGGUGCGAGACAGCUCCCAGAGGGACUACCUGUUCACCAUCUCUGCCAUGACCUCCGCCGGCCCCACCAACUUGCGCAUCGAGUACAAGGAGGGCAAGUUUAAACUGGACUCGGUGGUGCUGAUCAAGCCCAAGCUCAAACAGUUUGACAGUGUGGUGCACCUGGUGGAACACUACGUGCAGCUGUCCAGGACUACCAGUAAAGGGGCGUCGUCAGGGGAGUCGCAGUCCCUGGCCCCACCCAACGGGACAGUUCAGCUGCUCCUGACCAAGCCUGUGUACACUGCCGUGCCCUCUCUACAGCACCUGUGCCGGAUCGCCAUCAACAACGCCACCAGGCAGGUGCAGGAGCUGCCUUUACCCAACAGGCUAAAGAACUACCUGACGGACUACAGCUACAAUGUAUAGUAGGACUACAAAUCCCAGGUGUGGUGUGGGAUGGGACAGACUACACUCGAUUUUAUGAGUAGUGGGAUAGAGAUCAGUGCACCUGCCAUGUAGUGGCAGUCAGACUAUCACCCAGUCCGAAGUCAACCUUUAGCCCCAACCACUAGGCACGGCUUGACGGCCCUCGUACUUCUGGAAGGGUUGCUGUUGAGCAAUAUGGUUAUAGAGCCAAGUCAACUAGUCCUCAGGAAGCUAGGUGAAAGUUAUCUCAUACUACUACACCCUUCCAGUUCCAUUAGCACUACAGUUGUUCAUCAAAAAGGGCCUAGGAGUUGGAGCUAAGGGUUGAUUUCAGAAUGGGCAUGUCCGCUACAGAACUUGGUGUGGGUACACCUAGGUCAUGUUCAUAAUCUCUGAAACGGGAGCAAAUGUUUUCAAGCCGCGGUGGUAUACCCUACCUGCAGACCAGCUCAGGUAAACAGGGUUUCAGACCCUUCUGAACGAGACCCAGGAGGGAUGGCAGUUGGCACGCACCUUUUUUUGUUCUCUUUUCAAAGCUCUUUGUUGCUUUAUAGACUCUGCCUCUCAUGUCUGAGACAUGAGCAUCUGACACGGUGUCCACUUUUGUUCAGAACAUAUUCUAUAUUUUCUUUUUUUUGUUCUGUAAUCAUAAGAAGGGGCAGUGUUGGGGAGUAGUGAACUACAUGUAGUGCAACUAGUCAUUGAACUACAUUUGUCAGUAUCUUGGUGGUAGUUGAACUCAAUUCUAAUCUUGGUAGUGUUUUCAGUUAAUUACUUAUUUUGCUAACUACUGGAA